AUGGAGGUCGACCCUGUCGCUGGCAACAACCAAAUUGACGAGGGCCUCUACUCGCGCCAGCUUUACGUGCUUGGUCAUGAGGCGAUGAAGAAGAUGGCCAACUCGAACGUCCUUGUCGUCGGGAUGAAGGGCCUCGGUGUCGAGAUUGCCAAGAACAUCGCGCUUGCCGGAGUAAAGAGCGUGACGAUCUACGACCCAGCGCCGGUCGAGAUCGCCGACGUCGGCACCCAGUUCUUCCUACGCGAGGCCGACGUCGGCAAGCCUCGCCACGAGGUGACCGCGCCGCGCCUCGCCGAGCUCAACUCGUACGUGCCUGUAAAGGUGCUCGAGGGGAGCGGCGAGAUCACGCCCGAGAUGGUUGCGCCGUACCAGGCGGUGGUCCUCACGAACACGACGCUCGCAAAGCAGAUCGAGAUUGACGAGUUCGCCCGCACCAAGGGCAUCUUCUUCAUUGCGGCUGAUGUGCGCGGCCUGUUUGGGUCGGUGUUCAACGACUUUGGCGACGACUUCACUUGCGUCGACCCCACCGGCGAGAACCCAUUGAGCGGCAUGGUUCUCUAUGUCGAGACUGGGCCGGAUGCGCUCGUCACUUGUGUGGACGAGACGCGCCACGGCCUUGAGGACGGCGACUUCGUCACAUUCUCCGAGAUCAAGGGUAUGGACACGCUGAACGGCGCAGAGCCCCGGAAGGUCACUGUGAAGGGUCCUUACACCUUCUCCGUCGGCGACACCACCGGUCUUGGCGAGUACGUGUCGGGCGGCCUCUUCACGCAGGUGAAGAUGCCCAAGGUCCUGCACUUCAAGUCGCUCAAGGACACCCUCACCCAGCCCGAGUACUUCAUCACCGACUUUGCCAAGUGGGACCGCCCCUCGACGCUCCACGUCGGUUUCCAGGCCCUCUCGCAGUACUUUGAGAAGAACGGCCGCCUUCCCCGUGCUCGCAAUGUUGAGGAUGCCGCCGCACUGACUGCCAUCGCGAAGGAGAUCCACUCGUCCACCGCCACCGAGGGUGACCUCGACGAGAAGGUUAUCGAGGAGCUCGCGUUCCAGGCGACCGGCGACGUUUCACCCAUGGUCGCUGUCAUCGGUGGCUUCGUCGCCCAGGAGGUGCUCAAGGCCGUCUCGGCCAAGUUCCACCCCAUGCAGCAGAACAUGUACUUUGACGCGCUCGAGGCGCUCCCCACCGAGCUUCCCACUGAGGCCGACUGCCAGCCCACUGGCUCGCGCUACGACGGCCAGAUCGCCGUAUUCGGCAAGAAGUUCCACGACAAGAUUGCCGCCAACCGCCAGUUCCUCGUUGGGUCGGGCGCCAUCGGCUGCGAGAUGCUUAAGAACUGGUCGAUGAUGGGUCUUGGCUCAGGUCCCGAGGGCUCGAUUGUGGUCACUGACCUCGACACGAUCGAGAAGUCGAACCUCAACCGCCAGUUCCUCUUCCGUGCCAAGGACGUCGGCAAGUUCAAGGCAGAGUCUGCCGCCGCUGCCGUUACCGAAAUGAACCCCGCGCUCAAGGGCAAGAUCACCACCUACCAGGACCGUGUGGGCCCCGAGACUGAGGAAACAUUCGGCGACGAGUUCUUCAGCAAGCUCGACUGCGUGACCAACGCGCUCGACAACGUCAUGGCGCGCCAGUACAUGGACCGCCGCUGUGUCUUCUACCAGAAGCCGCUCCUGGAGUCUGGCACGCUCGGCACCAAAGCCAACACCCAGGUCGUCCUCCCCUUCAUCACCGAGUCGUACUCGUCCUCUCAGGACCCCCCUGAGAAGUCUAUCCCCUCAUGUACGGUCAAGAACUUCCCCAACGCCAUUGAGCACACCAUCCAGUGGGCUCGCGAGGCUUUCGACGCCCUUUUCGUCAACCCGCCCACGACCGUCAACCUCUACCUCUCGCAACCCAACUUUGUCGAGACGACGCUCAAGAGCUCGGGUCAGCACCACGAGCAGCUCAAGCAAAUUGAGCGCUACCUCGUCCAGCGCCCGACGACGUUCGCCGAGUGCGUCCAGUGGGCUCGCCUCCAGUACCAGAACAGCUACGAUAACGAUAUCAGUCAGCUCCUGUACAACCUCCCCAAGGAUCAGGUUAACUCGAACGGCACGCCCUUCUGGUCGGGUCCCAAGCGUGCCCCCGACCCGCUUGAGUUCAACAUCGACGACGAACUUGACUUUGCCUACCUCGUCGCCGCUGCCAACCUCCACGCCUUCAACUAUGGCCUCAAGGGCGAGCGCGACCCUGCCGUCUUCCGCAAGGCACUUGAGGGCUUCAACGUGCCCAAGUUCACCCCGAAGAGCGGCGUCAAGAUCCAGGUGAACGAGAACGAGCCCGUAAACGAGACGCCCGACGACUCGGACGACAUCAGCUCGAUCGUCAAGGGCCUUCCUUCGCCCUCGACGCUCGCUGGAUUCCGCCUGGUACCUUGCGACUUUGAGAAGGACGACGACUCGAACCACCACAUCGACUUUGUCACGGCGGCCUCCAACCUCCGCGCCCGCAACUACAGCAUCACGGAGGCGGACCGCCACAAGACGAAGCUGAUCGCGGGCAAGAUCAUCCCGGCCAUCGCGACGACAACCGCGCUUGCUGUCGGCCUCGUCUGCCUCGAGCUGUACAAGAUCAUCGAUGGCAAGGACGACCUCGAGCAGUACAAGAACGGGUUUGUCAACCUCGCGCUGCCGUUCUUCGGUUUCUCCGAGCCAAUCGCCGCGGCCAAGCAGAAGUACAACGACACCGAGUGGACGCUGUGGGACCGCUUCGAGAUUGACGGCAACCCAACGUUACAGGAGAUCAUCGACUGGUUCCAGGACAAGCACCAGCUCGAGUUGCAGAUGGUGUCACAGGGCGUGUCGAUGCUGUGGUCGGCGUUCACGGCGCCCAAGAAGGCGGCCGAGCGUCUCCCGAAGAAGAUCUCGGAUCUCGUCGAGGAGGUUAGCAAGAAGGCGUUACCGAGCUGGCAGAAGAGCCUGCUGGUUGAGGUCAUGGCUGACGACCCAACCGGCGAGGACGUCGAGGUGCCCUACCUCCUGAUCAACCUUCCGUAA